ACUUGUUUUACAGGUCGUCCAUUAUGUUACAUUUGAAUCCAUUCAUACAUAUAAAAGUAUGAAAUUUAGAAAGUAGACAAGCUUAAGAACUAAGGGGCCUGCCGCGAAAACCUAAAUUCGCAAAUUGCGGGGAUCUUUCUCUUGUACUCUCACUAAGACGUAAUUAGAUCUUUGUACUAGAUUGUUAUUUAGUUAUAAGACUGCUGCGCCCUUGCAGGGUACAUAUUAUGUAAUUUUGUGUACUUAAUAUGAUUGCAAUAAAUGCUUUGUCUUGUCUUGUCUUGUCUAGAUUGACAGAGAAAACUGCCCGCAAUUCACGAACUUUGAUUUUCGUGGUUAUGGCCUUUUACAUUGACAUAUUCGCCCACGUCUACGUAACUUACUUUUAGCAUCUCGCUCGUACUCGCAUAGUGCAAGCGAGAUGUAUAUAAAGUAAGCUAGACGUGAGCGAAUAUGUCAACGUCAAAACUGGUGGUAGCCUCACAGAGCCUUCUUUUGUCCAGUUACCUUAUAUCUAAGUUUAUGAACGCAUUAAUACCUAUAUCGAUUCAGCAAUGAGUGAAUGAACGAAUUAAAUAAGUCACUCAUUGGUGCAGUUACCUUAUAUCUAAGUUUAUGAACGCAUUAACAUUAACAUAUCGAUUCAGCAACGCGCGAAAAGGCAGUCACAUGAGUGAAUGAACGAAUUAAAUAAUUCACUCAUUUGUGGGGCAGCCGUAAACAUGCCCACAGCGGGGCGUGGCAGUCGCCAGUCGGUCACGUUCCGGCGUCGAGAGCGGUCGCGCCGCGUUUCACCCCGUGCGUACUCCAAGCCGCCAAGAUUUUCGACCGGCAGUACCACUCACCCUCCAAGGUGUUAAAAUUGGAGGACGACCCUUGGGGGUCAUGUGCCAUGUACUCGCCGGACAAGAUGAAAACGGGCGGGGGGCUCAUGGGGCCCCCCGGCUGCUUCCCGGGCCGUUACAGCCCGACGUAUCGGAGCCCGGAUCCGAGGCGCUGCGUUCCCAAUCCUUCUAGCCGGAUACUCGAAGAUGCGUCACUGAUGUGUAACUCCUGGUCUCCGAGACAUAAUGGUGACCUCUUCGGUGGUCUAAACGACGGCCUCCUAAGCCGGGCAGAGGCCCUCGCGGCGGUAGACAUCAGCAAACACCAGAGCGGACCCCAGCCCGGACCCCUGCCGCAGCUCAAACAUGACAUGGUGUACCACCAUGGGGUCGGCGGACCACCACCGCAUAACGCUAGACCACAUCAGCAUUUCUUCUCACAGAUGGGCCACCACGGAAUGGAGAGCCUGGACAUGCUGGACCCGCUCAGCUCCUCCUCCAUGACCACACUGGCCCCGAUGGGGGAGGUCGCACCACCACAUCACCAGCUACACGGCUACGGGAUGAACCAUGUCAUGAAUCACCAUCACCACGCAGGGUCCUUAGGGCAUGCACCACCAGCUCAUCUAGCUCAUCCUUCCGCCGCUCUCCAUCCAGAUACAGACACAGAUCCAAGAGAGCUUGAAGCUUUUGCAGAGAGAUUCAAACAGAGAAGGAUUAAAUUGGGAGUCACCCAAGCAGACGUCGGGAAAGCACUAGCUAACUUGAAGCUACCUGGUGUUGGAGCGCUCUCCCAAAGCACUAUUUGCCGCUUUGAAAGCCUUACCUUAAGUCACAAUAACAUGAUCGCUCUAAAACCGAUACUGCAAGCAUGGUUGGAAGAAGCGGAGGCCCAAGCGAAGAACAAAAGACGGGACCCCGACGCGCCCAGCGUCCUACCGGCUGGCGAGAAGAAACGCAAACGUACAUCCAUAGCAGCACCAGAGAAGAGAAGCCUCGAAGCGUACUUCGCUGUCCAACCACGCCCAUCUGGUGAGAAAAUAGCAGCGAUCGCGGAGAAACUCGAUUUGAAGAAGAAUGUGGUAAGGGUGUGGUUUUGCAAUCAGCGGCAGAAACAGAAGCGGAUGAAGUUCGCCGCGCAGCACUGACCGGGGGGAGGCGGCGCGGCGCUGCUCUACCCGGGUACCGGGUACGGGUACUAGCCGCCCGCGUCAUCUUACCCGGUCUCCCCCUGGGAUAAACUACUCGUGAGCAAUAAUCGUUUCGAUCUCAUUCCUUUAACACAUCUCAAUUUGUAGCGUAGCUCCUUUUGUAUUCUCAUAUUAUAUUUUUCGAGACACAGGGUAUAUAUUCGAUUAUAUACAUAUCAUUACAGUAACUAGAGGUCGCUUCAUCGUAUAAUUUCUGCCGUUUUGAUGUUUUACUAACAUCUUGUACAUGAAAAAUUGAAAUUCAGGAUUUUAAAGAGAAUGUGCCUUGCAAAUAUCAAUAUUCUGUGUUUAAUGUUAAAGUAACUUGAACGCCGUGUGGCGUCGAUAGUGGCGCCGGCCACAGGCGGUAGCGGGGCGGGAGCGAUCCGCUCUCCGCUCGAACCGUGCGUGGAUUGGACAAGUAAAAUGUCAGACGAAGCCUUACUAGAUGCAAAAGCGUGAACAAAAUUUAACUAAAUCGCAACGAAACACAAAAGAAAUGUUAAUGUUAUAUAUUAGUAUAAAGUCUACAUAUUACUUGCCCGAUUCGAUAAAAUUCGAUCAAUUCGUUAGUUCUGUUCUGACUAUAAAACUGUACAAAGAUUAAUUAAGGAUAUACUAUCGAUUUUAGUUGUAGAUAGUAUCCAGUAGUUCAUGGUUUAACGAUCAUUUAAUAUAAAAAAGCAUUUCACGAAAGGCACAAUUAAAUUAGCUUAAGAAGUUACUAGUGACAUUUAGCCAAAAUAGUUUUAAAAUUUCAUUUGUAAAUAACACAUUUCGAUCUAAUAGGCAUUUAGAAUAGUUAUAUAAUUCAAGUGAGUUAGUACAAUGCAGGAUUCGUGCCGUUGAUUUGAAGCAUGCCAAAAAUAAGUGUAUGAUAGUUUUGAGGCCAAAUCUCCGGACAUUUGAUGGAAGUUUUCUUACUUGACAAAUCGUUAUGGCAAUAAUAUCAAAACAAGCCCAGAAAAAUACAAUUUUGAUAUGUCGAAAAUAUUCAAAUCCUCUGAGUGGACAGAGGAUAAAAAUGUGAUGUAGUCAAUAUUCAAUUAAAUAUCAAAUUAAACUUUGAUGUAUCUGGUUCACCAAAUUUAACAACUUAAAGCUUAUUGUUAUAAUGUUGGUAUUGUUAAGAAAACGUGUUCACUGAUUUUUCUUAUAACGCUCCGCUUAAUGCCGCAUGGGCACAGCCUUAUCCACAUUACAUUUCUACAAUGAAAUAUUAAUGAAACGACAAACUUUCAACGAAAUAUCAUACUUUAUAUGUCCUAUAUUAAAUGGAAUUGUACCUGAUCACCUUUGAAGAAGCAAGAUUUAGGGUAAAGUCGGGCAAUUGCGUACCGUGCACAAUUCCAUGACACUAUACUUCAUGUUAUGUUGUGUUA